AAAAGCUAUUUCGACAAAUUAUUAAUGUCAUUUUUUUUAUCUUCAUUACUUUUAUUAUCACAGUAUUUUAAAUAAAAAUUGUUUUUAUUGUAAAUUUAAAACAUUGAUGUCAGAGUAAAAAAAAAAAAGUAUUCAAACAGAAUGAAAAGUGGGGAUUACUAUCUUUCUUCUAUUGUUAUAAAUUUGGUCUUUUCAACCUGUAUCACUUAAAGUUAUUAUUAUAUUGUCUGAUAAGUAACGUCACAAAAAUUAAAUCGUCAUUUUUAUAUAUUUAUAUAAAUUUAAAAGUUCAUUUGUGAUACAAUAGAAAUAGUUUAAGAAGAAAUGAGUAAACAAGAAAUCAAGGUUAUGGAAGAAAAGUGUCUCUUACAAGCUAUCGAUGAUCUAGGAAAAGGAUCAAAACUUCUUUGGAUUAUUUUUAUUAUUAAUUUUUUAAUAUCAAUAUUGUUUGGACUUAAUUCUAUGUCCUAUGUCUUUGUCGCUGAGAUACCUGAGUACUGGUGCUAUACACCAGAACUUAUAGAUUGGACUACAGACCAGAUCAAUAACAUUUCCAUGGUUGAUAAAUGUCUAAAAUAUGAUCAUAAUUAUACACAUCUUGCUGAUUUGGGAUUUGAAGAAGCCACAAAAUAUGUAAAUAAUUUUGAACUAAUGCCAAGUACAGUAUCUUGCUCGAUGUUUAUGUUUGAUGACAGCGAAAGAUCGACGAUUGUUAAUGAAUGGCAAUUAGUGUGCGACAACAAAUUACAUCGAGCAAACACAUUUUUGAUGUAUUCGUUGGGAAUGACUUGUGGUUCGUCAUUUCUAGGAAUAUAUGCAGAUAAAUAUGGCCGAAAAAAUUCAUUAAUCAUUAGUAUAAUAUUGCAAAUUAUUGCUGGACCUUUGAGUGCAUUGGUACCAUGGUUUUGGGCUUAUCUUAUUUUGAAAUUUUUGACCGGAAUAAGUACGGGUGCUAUGUAUUCUUCAGGGUAUACUAUUUUGUCGGAAAUUGCGACAAGCAACAGAAUAAAAGUGUUUGCUGGUAUUAUUGAUAUUACAUUUUCAAUAGGAACUUUUCUCCUCAUAGGUAUGGCUUAUUUUUUGCAAGAUUGGAGACAGUUACAAAUAGCCAUAUCAUGUUUUAUUUUGCCGAUUAUUGUAUUGAUUUGGUUCAUACCAGAAUCACCACGAUGGUUGAUAUCACAAAACCGUCAUGAUGAAGCUCAAAAAAUAAUUGAUAAACAUCAUAAAUCGUUUGUCAUGACAUCGACUAGUAAUAUUGAAAGCCCGACAAGUGAACCGCGAAUAUCAUCAGUAGAAUGUAACGAAAAACUAGAGGAUCGUAAAGGUUUUUUUCAUCGCAACUUCGAAAGUUUAAAAAUUCUGUUCACAAAUUCCGAUUUGAGGAAAAAAACUUUCAUUGUGGAUUUUUCAUAUUACGUUACUGCGACGGGAAGUUAUAUACUAGUCUUCAGUGUUGAUAAUUUCAAAUCGAGCCGUUAUUUAUAUAUGUCAAUAGUGGCAGUUAAUGAAGUACUAGGAGUCUUAGCAAUUUCAGUGAUACUUAAAUUUUUCACCAGUCGAAAAUCACUUAUCAUAACUUACACAGUUGCAUUUGUUUUAAUGAUAACAAUUUCAACUAUCCCUGAAGAAAAUACAAAUAUAAUAAUGGGAUUGGCAUUAGCAGGGAAAUUUUGUUUUUCCGCAAGUUUUACUGUCAACUUGGUAUUUCUUUCGGAACUGUUUCCUAGCAAUGUUAGAAAUACAGCAUUCGGAACGUGCUUAGUAAUGUCACAAACUGGAUGCAUGACUGCGCCAUAUAUUCUUGAUUUGCUUGGUAAUGUUGCUUGGUGGGCUCCUACUACGCUUUGUAGUGUUUUAUCGCUCAUGGCUGGACUUUUCUGUUUUGCUAUACCUCAAACAAAACUAAAUUCGGGAAAAGAUACUCAUGUAGAUGGAGAAGUUACUGGAUCGGGUCACAAUACCAAAUAAUAAGUAAUCAGUGACAAAAGUAACAUAUAUUACCAAAGAAGACUUUCAGCCCCGAUUAUGUAAAAUUAAAAAUUAAGAAAUGAAUUAUUCUUAAAAACGAUAAACCGUUUAUAUGUCGCGUUUGACGUCCGUAACUUGUUGGAAAGUGGACACAAUGUUUUUUUUUUUAGGUAUUUUCAGAAAAAAAAUUUCUAGGAAAUUUGUAAAAGUAUUAUUGACCUUGAUUUUCAAAUUUGAAAAUUUGUAUAAUUUUUUUGAAAC